AUGAGCGGCAAAAGCAAAGAGCUUAAAUUUAUGUUUGGAAUAAAAGUAACAGCUCUUGAAAAGCACAGAAUGGGUCAAACCCCAAAGACUUUAUUUGUUAAUUUUUCGAUUAAUAAACUAGUUCCUGACACUAAAUUAUUAACAAAUAAGAUUUUUUCUCCCAACUUUCCUAAUUUUGUGAGCAUAAUACAACUCGUUUUCAUUUAUUCAGCUGGUAAUAAAAUCAGCGAAAUUUAUUUUUAUUAUUCUGAAACUCCACAAGUCGAAAAGGAGGAAACCUUAUUUAACAAACAAUCCUUUCUGCAAAAGAAUACCAUUUAUAGUCUUGUAGAUGGACGGGAAAAUCUGACAUUCCUUGAUGGGGUCAGGUCUGAAAUAAAAGCCAAAUUAUUUCUUGCCUUCAAUUCUUUUGUGGAAGAAAAUAAAGGGAAGGGAAGAACUCAGUCUUCUUUAUUGCGCCAAAGGAAGUUGAAUAUUCGUACCUUUGACUUAGUGAAUCGAAUAGCCAUUCUUGAUGGGAAAGCUAAUGCAUUCAGUGAAGUAGCUAUGAAUUCAAAUGCUCUGUCUCACAUUGCAUCCACCUUUGCAUUCGCUUUUAGGCUUCGAAAUCUGGUCAUACCAGCCUUCAGCAGUGCAGCCCUAGAUCACAGUGGAUUUGAAUUUGAAACACAACUUGAGAUGCUAAAUCAUCUUUUGCAUAGUGCACCAUUUUGCCUGUGUUCAUCAUUUGAGUUUUGGCCCCCUGGUUACCAUGAAUUCCAAAAUCUGGGUGCUCGAAACCCUACCAAAGAAAUUCAUUUUAUGGCAGUCCAAUUGGCUGAAGUACCAUCGUUUACAGAUGAGCCCUCUCUACUCGAUGUUACACGGGCUCCUGUGAGGAAAACUUGUACCCAGGAAACAACUAGAACCAGUCAUUUGGAAUGGGAAGGAGAGAGAGUGAGGGACACUGAACCAUUUUCAUUCCUCGCACUUCCUCCAUUCGUCCCACUCCAUGUGAUGAUUGUCAUAUUUCGCACAGUCACAUGCUUUAAUGCGAAACAGAAAAAGCGGUAUGAAGCAGAGGCGACCAGGGCUAGAUUUGAUUGCUUUCACCCAACAACAAAAAUAUCUUCCAAAACUACUAAAAGGCAUUGGGUUUUUUUUAAAAAAAAAACAAAAUAUGUGAAAGCAAAUUUUAGAGCACUUCGUUUCAUUACAGAGCUCCCAUUUACUGGUAAAGAAAAAGAAAUACUUACAGGAACCACCAAAACUCCUCUAUCGUGUUUGCAAAGCAAGGAAAAGGAUUUGAUCCGGAUCUUUAUUUCGACUUUAAUGCAACUGAAGCAGCAAACUCAACUACUAUCGUCUACUACUUGUCCUGAUGUUUUCAAUUUUAUGGCAAAAAUACAGAUCAGCAAUUCUGCUGACGGAUAUUUUUCUGACAAAAAUAAGUCAUUAUCUGUAUUUUGA